AGCAGAGAAGAAAAAAGAACUUCUUGAUUUUUGAAUAAAAGAGAAAUAUUUCUUAUUUAUACGAACUUGUAGAAAGUUACAAAUUGUUCUGUGACUUCGGGCGCAGCAUUGGCUAUAUUUCAUGUAAACUUGCAGGGAAUCCCGAAAAGUGCUGAAGAAGCCCCAAAAUGGAGACUUUUGCGUAGGAAAAAUGAAGAAAAUAGCCGUGUUGGACCUUCAGUUGCUUCACAAUUCUUUUGCUUUUAAUCGAGAAUAUUCAUUUUAAUGUAUUUCCGCAUUUUACUUCCUCUUCUAUUCCUCGUGGUGGGGAGGAUUUCCUGUACGAAUGAGAGGAUUUUUGAAUUAUCGGAAAUCUGCGAAGUACCAACGGGUGUGAGAAUUUACGUUGAUUUUGGCUAUUCUGGUGUUGUGAAAAGUACUGGGGAUGAAGGGAGAGUUUAUGCGAAUCCUUGCUUCUUCACUCUCGUCACGUGCUCCAGUUGCUCAAUUCAGCUCAAAUGGAAGCUCGAAGAUGGGGCGAAAGGGGAGGAAAAUUUCACAAUAGCCGAACCACCGUAUAGCAAUGUGGAAGUUAAAUCCCUUGCUGAUCCCUCGACGGGGUAUGUGACGAAAACAAGGGCACUAUCUCUGCAAUUCCCUCCAGAAUCCAUCAACAUGAACUUUUCUCUCUUCUACGAGAGUCAGAGAAACAUCGUGACGGUAUCAGAGCCACUGCUGCUGGGAAAUGGAUUUGCGGAGACAACAAAGCAAAUUGCCACCCCAUUCUUCCCGGCAAUGUACACGAGAGAUUUUAUUGUAGACUACAAUAUAUCUUGCCUCACCGAUGAUUGCAGGAUCAGAAUAAUUUUUACAGACUUCCAAUUGGCCAUUAUUUCCACCAUUGAGCUCUUUGAUGCCAAUCAGGAGCGCUUCAACAUCUUCUCGGGAGCUUUUUUCCGGCCUCCAGUGAUUUUUAGUCCAACUUCUACGCUGAGAAUUCGCUUUAGUGCCAAUGGGGGGACUGAUUUGGGCUUCCGUGCCAAUGUCACCUUCUUUCCGGCUUCAGAGGCUACUAAUAUCCUCCUCAAUCCCAGCACUGAUUGCGGUGGGAGCGUCUCCAGCCUCGGUGGGGCAAUUGCAAUGAUGAACAUGGCCAGUGGGGAUGAAGAAGUUUUCUACGAUUGCAUCUGGAUCGUGAGGCCGUCCCAUAGAUACUUCCACCUUCAGGAUCAGCUGCUGUUGCGCGUGCAAUCAUUUAGCAAGAUGGGUGAGGCAUCAGAGUUGAAUGUCCAUCGUGGGGUGACGUCAAUGCAUCCACUGCUACUCAGAAUCGUACGACCUCAAGCUAAUUACUCAGAUGGAAUUGGACAGAAUCUCAUUGUUCCCCUCUCGAGUGGUUUCUAUGUCCACUUCAGGGGAUACUUUAGAGCCUCAUCCCAGCUUGUGGUGGUGUAUGCGGCCUUUGGGAUCCGUGAUUGCUACAUCGGCACUGGGUUCAUGUGCAAAAAUCGUCGUUGCAUUGCCAUUGAGCUACGAUGCGAUGGGUUUGAUCAGUGUGGCGACUCAAGUGAUGAACCCUCUUCCUGCCUCGCUGAAAAUGGAAGUAUCUGGCACACGCAUCCCAACUAUUUCUUCCCCAAGGCGGACACUUUCGAUGAUGAGAACUUCCGCACUGUGUCCAUUGUUCUGAUUUUCUGCAGCUUCGGCACCGCCAUCCUCCUCAUAUUUUUCCUCCUCUACCGUGUCAAUAUGCGCCGUGCAAGGCAUCAGGAGAACCUCCAGAGUCACUUGCAGACAAUUAGUGAUCUCUUAGAUCACAAUGCUGCACCCAAUGAGGAUGUUCCUGCGGAUGAACCACCACCGAAUUACGAAGCACCUCCGGAGUAUGAGGAUGUUAUCAAGGUGGGAAGAGAGUAUGAGCUACGUAAGACAAGACGAAGUCGCAGGCAUUCAACAAAGAGGAGACGUUCUGAUGCUCACAAAAUCCCCUCUGAAGGAUCAUCUGUGACUCCCUUGAGUCUGAUGGAUGCUGAGGAGGAAGUAAUAUCGAUCGUUACUAAUUCCGAGGAGACGUCUGAAGUAAUUUUGGCUUCCUCAUUGGGAGAAAGGUUCGAUAGUAUAGGUAAAAUCAGAGUGGCGCUUGAGAAGACUCCAGAAACGUACCAGGAAGCCCAGGAGGCAGAAGGGACGAAAGAUAGGGGAUCUACGGUGCUCCUUGAAUCCCAAUUUGGGGAUUUUGAAUAGAAAAUAUUUUAUUUGAAAAUUGUAUUUUGUGCAAAAUUGUAAUUUAUGCGAUUCAAUAGAAAUUCUAUGCCUCGUUUUCAA